AUGGUCCCCAAUUUACAGACGUUUUUAGCUUGGAGCUACGCCAUUGUUUCUAUACCGACUAUUUUGCUAAACUUGAUUGUUCUGCUAGCAAUCCGGAAGACACCUUCACUAUACAGACCAACACAGACUCUCCUCGCCAGUCUUGCUUUAACAGACCUGCUUUACGGAUUAGUCGUCAUGCCUAUUUUAGUAGCAUCAAAUAUCUUGGCUCUACAUCACAGCCAAGACUACUUCUGUAAAGUUUGGACCUUCGCGAGGGCAUUUGGACACUGGCUAGGUGGAGUCUCUUUGUACACUCUCGCUCUUAUUAGUAUCGAUCGUUUACUAGCCAUUAAACUAAGGCUGUCUUUCCGAGUCGUGUUCACGGCGAAGCGAUGUGUUAUGGCUUUAUCAGUUGGUUGGCUCGGGGGAGGAUUUCUCGUUGGCGUUUCUUAUGUGGUAUCACUUAUGUCCAAAUACACCGUAGUUAUUGCCAUGUUUAUAUUAGUUUUCACUAUUGUCACAUCGUAUGCUAUGGCUUACUACAACUUGAAGAAAAUAACCUCAAUUGUAGUAGCUCCUAGCAACUUGAACGAGCAGAAUAAUCCCAACUCAAGCACCAGCUUCUCUGCAUCAAGAUACAAGAGAUCUUUUAAUACCAUGUUGCUUAUCCUUCUUACGACAGCCGUUUUUUACUUGCCAAUGGCGACCGCGCUAGCUAUGGAAAGUUUCAUCCAUCAGGACUGGACUCAUCAUGCUACUCGAAUAGGAGAAUUAAUAAUGUCUAUUAAUAGUACUUGCAAUCCCUUGCUUUAUUUGUGGUGCAUUAAGGAACUCAGGGAAGCAGUCAAAAACUUCCUAAAGAUAUAG